UUUAUUGAAGCCUAGGUUAUUGAUGAUUCUGAUAAAGAACAUUCUCCCAAGUUCCAAUCUCUCUCUUUCUAUUUCGACUAUCUCUCUCUUCCCACCUCCUUUUAAUUUUGUUUUGUAUUUUUUUGCAUUUUGUGUUUUUCUUUCUAUCCCCUGGCCUCCAUAUAAAUCAUUAUCAUAAUGAAGUCUAUGCCAAACCAUUCUUGUUGUAGUACUUGUGUUACUUCUGGUUGGUUGCACUGUCUUGCUAUUUGUAUAUCUUGUGUACCUUCUUAAGCUUUGAGUUUAAUUCCUUUUACUUUUGUUUCACUCAAUCAUCACAUACACAUCAAACUCCUUCAACUCCCUUCCCUAAAUCUCCUUUCUUUGGCAUGGAAUUCAACAAGUUCAGAAUCAGAAGCUAUGAGGGGCAAUCUGAUAGGGCUCAAGUGGAAGAUCUUGAGAGAAGAUGCGAAGUAGGGCCAUCAGAAAGUGUGUUUCUCUUCACAGACACUAUGGGUGACCCCAUUUGUAGGAUCCGGAACAGUCCCAUGUACAUGAUGCUGGUGGCAGAGUUGGACAAUGAAUUGGUUGGUGUCAUUCAAGGGUCUAUAAAAGUGGUCACGGUUCAUGGCCAUCCUCCAAAGGAUUUGGCAAAGGUGGGGUAUGUCCUUGGCCUAAGGGUAUCACCCCAUCAUAGGAGAAAAGGGAUUGGCUCAAGCCUAGUGAAAAGGCUAGAAGAAUGGUUCACUUCCAAGGAUGUGGACUAUGCAUACAUGGCAACAGAGAAAGACAACCAUGCCUCAGUGAGUCUCUUCAUGGACAAGUUUGGCUACACCAAGUUUAGGACUCCAGCUAUUCUUGUGAACCCUGUGAACCAUCAUUGCUUUCAGAUAUCACCCAACAUUGAGAUUGCAAGGCUGAAGGUUGACCAAGCUGAGUACCUCUAUAGAAGAUUCAUGGGGUCAACAGAGUUUUUCCCUAAUGACAUAGGGAACAUACUUAGGAACAAGCUCAGUUUGGGGACAUGGGUGGCUUAUUUCAAAGGAGAUAUUGCUUGGGGUGAUUUUGGGUCGGAUGGGCAAGUGCCAAAAAGUUGGGCUAUGCUUAGUGUAUGGAAUAGUGGUGAAAUAUUCAAGCUAAGGCUAGGGAAAGCACCUUUUUCUUGCUUGUUAUGCACCAAGAGUUGGUGGCUCAUUGAUAAGAUGUUCCCAUGCUUGAAAUUGCCUACCAUACCUGAUUUCUUCAACCCAUUUGGGUUCUAUUUCAUGUAUGGGGUGCACCAUGAAGGGCCAUUCUCAGGGAAGCUAGUUAGGGCCUUGUGCCAAUUUGUACACAACAUGGCUAAUGAGUCCAAGGAUGAGAAUUGCAAGGUCAUUGUGACUGAAGUUGGAGGAAGAGAUGAGCUCAACCAUCAUAUUCCACACUGGAAAUUGCUCUCAUGCCCUGAGGACUUGUGGUGCAUAAAGGCCUUGAAAAAUGAAGGGACAAACAAGUUCCAUGAAUUGACCAAAACCCCACCAACAAGAGCACUUUUUGUAGACCCAAGAGAGGUUUAGGUUUAAAGCAUGUAUGAUCCCAAAAAAGAAAGAGGGGGGGGACAAGAAAAAGCUUGCAAAAUAUCUUGACCUUAAUUUUAUUUCUUUUCUUUUCUUACCUUAGCUUUGUCUAGGAACCAAAACCCCACCCACCUCAUGUAUUGUGUGAUAAGUCCAUCCAUCCAUCUCUCCUGGUGGGGUUUUUUCUCUAGUUCCUUUCACAUCGGUGACACAAAAUCUCAAAAGAUAUCCAUAAUUUAGGUGCCACACUUUGGUGUCAUUCUUAGCAAUUCCAUCUUGUGCCUCAUGAAUUUGACUACUCAAUCAUCCUAGUGGUCCAAACUUUGUCCCUUCCCCUCAGGUAAAAUUUUGAGCUGGACCCUCCUCCCUCCCUUUCUAUAUCUCAACUUUAAAUCUCAUUCUCAAGAUCUAUUCUUUCUUAAAGAAUGAGAGAGGUCAUUUUGAUUGAAAUUUUGGGGGAAUAUAUAUCCUUCGUGAAGAUGAUGACAGUACUAUUCUAUGGAUUGGUUGCUAAUUUUACGGAUGGAAAGAUGUGUUGCCAUAAAUGAUCACCAUUGUAAGUUCUUCUGCAUUAAUAAUUAAUGAUGAAGAUACCUUACAGUCAAGAAAAGAUGAAUUGAAAAAGAAAUGUGUUUAUCCUAAUAUAAGUAUGUAAUCUACAUUAAUAAGACUAAAAUAUGUUUUAUAA